GCAAAGGCAUCAUUGGGAAAAAGGAUCAAUGUCGGCUUAAAACGUAGCGUAUCCGCACGGAACGGUUUCAGUCUUGGUCGUUUUUUCGCUUCCGCCAUGCAUUUGUACGGAAAGUUGUGCACGCUGUUUCUGUUUCUUGCUUGGUGUAACGUUGCGUAUUCGGCCGUUGCACCAAACAUACCAGUGUGUCCGAGCUUCGAAGAGUUUACGUACUCGUACGAAUGUCAGCCAACGUGUGCGACGCGAGUUUGCACCAUUACGAGUACGUCGCCGAAGCGUGAGGCCUGUACAUGCAAGCUGGGAUACAUUAGGGCGGGCCCGAAGGAGGCUUGCAUACGAAACUCUCAGUGUAAAUAUUAA